AUCCAUAAUUCUCUUUAAGAUUAACUACAAUAAAAUGACUGAACCUAAUUUAUAUGGCUAUCUGACAUUAUUGAAAAAUGAUACACUUAUUCACAAAUAUACACUUGCCCCGAAAAAAUGGACAAUUGGAGGUGGAUUGUCAAACAAUAUUCGUUUUUUGACCGAUGAUGAUAGACUUCUGAGCACCCAGUGCGUUAUCAUUGUACAAGACAAUGGUGUAGCUAUUCUUAAAAACAAAAAAGCAAUGGUUCCUAUUACAGUGAACAAAAAAAAAAUAAAUGCAUCUAAAGUUCUUGAACCUGGGGACAUUCUUGAAAUAUCAACUAAACAAUUCUUGUAUGGAAAUGAUGUUUUAACUAAAAAGAAAAUUAAAGAGUUAUCACGUAAUAUAAAACAAGGAUGUAUACUGAAGUUCCCUUCAGUAUCAAAACGAUCGAGAAAUUGGAAAACUUCAUCUAAAAAAUUAGAAGCAGCAAACCUUUCAAAUAAAAAUAUGGAAUUUAAUUCUGAGAAAGUGACACCAGAUAAACUACUUCCUACGAAAAAAAGUCAGUCAAUAAGCACCUCAUUUUCUAAAACACCAAUGCCUGAUAAAUUAUGUGCCAAACCAUCAACAAGAUUGAGUGUUUCAACAGGAAAAAUAUAUAAAUCUAAAAAACCAGUAACAAAACUGAACAAAAAUGAAAACUUUUCUUCACAUAUUCCUGUUUUGAACAAAAACCCCAUAUCAUUAAAUGCUACUUCAAGCAGAAUCAGAAAAAAAAUCUGGCUGGAAGAUGUUUUUGAUAAUACUGAGCCUGCAAAGGGUAAAGAUAAGAAACAAUCAAUCAUUAAAAUUAGUUCAACUGAAUCAACGCCUCUUGAACGUACUAAUAAGCCCGUACAAAGUACACCACAAUAUUCAUUAAGAAAAAGAAGCAGUUUUCAAAAUAUUGACUCCUUUAUCGACAAUUCCGUCAACGAUUCAAGUUUCCAAUUAAACUCUUCCUCAGUAUCUAAUAGGAACACAAGUAUGCAGAAGAUUAUUAAAAAAAAUAGCGUAAACAAAGUCACUAAAAUUCCAGAAUCAUCUUUUAAAGUAAGCUACGUUUUGGAUACUCCUGUUCCUUCUGGAACACAGAAGCUUAGUAAAUCCUUUGUAUUUAGUCCGGCGAUCAAGACUUCUAGGAGAGUAUCAAGAAGAUGCACAACUGGAAUUAAAAACCGAAGUUGUAAAAAAAAUGAAAAUGCUAACAAAUCAAUUAAUCUUCCUACAAGGAGCAUAAAGUUAAAAAGUUCACUUAACAAGAAACUGUUUUCAAGAAGUGAAACAGUAGAAAAUUUAACAGAAAUUAAAAGUGAAUGUAUCUCUAAUAAAGAAGAUGAGGUAAACCCUGAGUUAAGGAAAAGUCCAUCAAAAAAGUGCAAAAGAUCAAAAAGAUACACUAAUAACCAAAUAAAUGAAAAUAAUAUAAAAAUAUUAGAAGAUGCAGUGAAGCCAAGCUCAACAAAUAUAAGUAAAAUAUCUAUCAAAGCCCAGGUAAAUGAUGAUGAAGAAAUAUUGGCAGAAUCUUUUGGAAAGGAGUUGAACAGUAGCAUAACUCAUGAGAACGAAUCAAUGGGAAUUAGAAGGUCAAGUGAGUUGAGUAAAAAACACUCAGAACAAUCAAAUUCCUUUAAUGAUAUUAAAAAAGAAAGCUUUGAACAAAAAAUAGAUACAUUAACAACAGGACGAAGAUCAGCAAGAUACAAUAUUAAAGAAACCAACAACAUUUCAGAAAAUACAUCAGUUUCUGAUUAUUUUGAACAAGGCAGUUAUGAAGAAGAUAUAAGCACAAAUUUUAAUGUUAACACUUCUUCAAGUUCUGAUCAAGGUAACUCAAAAACAGGCAGGAGACAAGACAAUUAUGAUAAAGAAGAUUUCUUACCAGAGGAAAACCUAGAAAACACAAAUCAAGUAUUAAUUAGACGCAGCAAUAAACAAGCAGUGGAAGAGUUAGAAAAAUCAAAUUCAUUUCAUGAUCAUAAUCAACAAAAUAUAAAAUCAGGUGAAAAUAUAAAAACAAGAUACAGUUUAAAAAAUGCAAGGGAUUAUGUAGGCGUUUUGGACUCAUCAAAUCGUCUUAACUUAAUGAAAAAUAUAAGUCUUAAUGAAAGCGCUUUAAAAAUAAGUAGAAAAUCAGGCAAACGUAACAGUGACCCUCUUAUUUUCAACAGAUCUGAAGAAAAAUUAAAACAAAUAUCCAAUAUAUCUUUGUGUCUGAGGAGAUCCAAUGAUUACAACAGAAAUCAGUCAAAUAAUGAUGCAAAUAAAUUAAAUAUUUCUGAAGAAAUCACGCAGAAAUCUCCAAAUGCUGUAAGAGUAUCCUCAAUGAUAAAAUUCAGUCCUAUCACUCCUGGUAUUAGGCAGAAAUCUAGAGCAUCAAAGACACCUACACCUACUGAAUCAAAAAGUAAUAGUUGCAAUACAUCUGUUAAGAUUCCCUACAACAAAAUUGAAGAUGAAAGUCUGUUUUCUACAAGUACCGACAAAGAAAAUACAUCGGCUACUGAAGUAACAAAGGAAUUGCAUUCACCUGAGGAAGUUUAUCGAACCCCCGAUUCGAUUGUCAAAAUUCCUAAGCAAAUACCAAAAACACCUAAAUCAAAUGUAAAAAGUCGUAAAUCUGUUUUCUUGCAAGAUUUUGAACAUAAUAAGUUUAAUCCAGAUAACUUGGGAGGAAACGAAACUAAUAAUGACACCACUAUUGUAGAAAGUAAUAAUAUGUCACAAACGCCAAAGACUCCAAAAUCAAAUCGCAAAGUUCGAAUCUCAGAUAACAUACCAAUUGGACAACCCAGUAUUGUAAAAGAUUUGAGAAAGAGCAUUGCAAGCCCUGAAUGUAAUUUUAAAAAUAAAUCCAGCGAAAACGAAUAUUUUCAAUAUUCGGAUCAUAUCUCAUCAAAAUCUCUUGCAUCAAUAAAUGACUCGUUUAUGCAAGAAACGGAAAAAACGCCAUAUUCGCGCACUAAGAGAUCAUCAUCUCUUGCACAAUUAUCUCCAAAGUCUAACAUAAAAGCAUCAAUAAGGAGUAAUCCUGCAAAUGUUUCAACUCCAAAAUCAAACAUAAAAAUUAGACAUUCUGUAACCUUUGAAAUAACAACAGACGAUUUACAGAGUCUUGCACAGAGUUCUCUAAGAGAAUCUAAUGGCGCUGUUAAUCAGAACAAAGUUUCUAAACCUAAAGAACGUUCUUUAAUUGCUUAUACAGAAAUUGGAAGUGUUAAGCAGUUACCCUCAAAAAAGAGGCAACGAUCUAGCAUACAUAUUUGUCUUCCAGAAAAAAGACAAAAAAUAGAUGACGAAUACUUAGGCGUUGAGAAUGAUUACAAUCAACAAAUGCUACAAGAUAUUUCAAAUGACUCAUCCUUUGAUAAUUGCAUCGAUACUGAUGGAAAAACUCCGACUCUCAUUGGGUCUAAAACAUACGCAGCACAAAAACGUGGAUUUACAGAUUCAAAAGAAAAUAUUGAGAAGUGCAAGAGGCGAAGUUUACCCAGUGAAGUAUUAUUCAGUCAAGAAAACAAAUCUCAUGAUUAUACGAACGACAAUGAGUAUUCUUUCAUAUCCAGCACAGACACGUCGUCGAUAUUAUUCGAAUACCAUCCAGCCACCAACAUAAAUAAUCUUUUGGUAAACAAUAUAACAUUCAAACCUGAAGCUUUGAAUAUAAGUGGGGUCGUUACACUAACACCUAAAAAAGAAAAGUUCAUAUCAACAAGAAACUCCAGCAGUAAUACAAAAAUGCCGAAAUCUAAAGAUGGAUGUAAUGAAAUUUCAGCAAUAACUAAAAACUGCAAAAUACCAGAAAAUGAGUCUGAAAAAGGUCAUAAUGAGCUUGGAAAAACAAACAUUGUUUCAAGAAUAACAAAAAAUCAAAAAGAACCCGUGAGCAGCUAUGUAGAUAGAAAACUUUUCAAAAGUUCAAAACAGCAAAGAGAGCCAGCUUGUAGUUAUGAAGAUGUCCGAGGUGUUAAAAAACUGCUAACAACCCCAAAACAGCAAAGAGAACCUGCAUGUAGUUAUGAAGAUGUCCGUGGUGUUAAAAAACUUCUCACAACCCCAAAACAACAAAAGGAACCUGCAUGUAGUUAUGAAGAUGUCCGAGGUGUUAAAAAACUUCUUAAAACUCCGAAACAACAAAAGGAACCUGCUUGUAGUUAUGAAGAUGUUCAAGGUGUUAAAAAACUCCUUACAAUCCCGAAACAACAAAGAGAACCUUUAUGUAGUUACGAAGAUGUUCGAGGUGUUAAAAAACUCCUUACAACUCCAAAACAACAAAAAGAACCUGCAUGUAGUUAUGAAGAUGUUCGAGGUCUUAAAAAACUUCUUAAAACUCCAAAACAACAAAAGGAACCUGCCUGUAGUUAUGAAGAUGUUCGAGGUGUUAAAAAACUCCUUACAACCCCUAAACAACAAAAAGAACCUGCAUGUAGUUACGAAGAUGUUCGAGGUGUAAAAAAUAUUUUUAAAACUUCAAGAGAACAAAAUGAACCUCUGAAUAGUUACGAAAAUAUUGAGGGAGUGAAGAAUCUGUUCAAAACACCAAAACUACAAACAGAACCCCCAAACAGUUAUGAAAAUGUUGAAGGAAUAGACGAACUGUUCAAAACACCUUUGUUAGUUGGCUCAAGAAGAAUACGCAAAAAUACUGAAGACGAUAAUAUAUUAAUGUCUCAAGAACAAAAAAUAAAAUCUCUAAAUAAAAUAAAAAAUAUAAGCAACACUCCUUCAAAAUCAUUAAGUGAAAGCGAAGAUGCUGAAAAAGAUGUAAUGUCUUUGAGGAGAACGCGGAGGCAAAUUAAAACAAAACAAUGCGAAUCAAGUGAAAUGAUAGCCGAAGAUGAUAAAAUCCUUCCUAAAGAAAUAAGAAUACUAAGAAAAAAAAAUGUUGAAACUUCUGCUGGUUUAAAUACAGAGAAUAAGAUUGAAUCUACUGAAACUUCCACUAAAAAUACUAACAGAAAUACUGAAGUAACUGAAACUAAACAUACGAAUGAAGAUUCAAGGGUAUUCAGUAAUGAUGUUCUUAAGCGUACCGUUAGAACCAGAAGGGCAAAAAAUGUCGAAACCGAUAUCGCUGAUAUCACGGCUCAUGAAGAAGAAAUACAAAGAUCAAAUAGGAGAGCACAGAAAGGAAUAAAAAAAGAGGAAAUACUGAAUGAAAAACCUAAAAGAGCGACUAGAAAACAAAUAAAAAAUGAAGAAAUUAAAGAUAAACGUGAAACAUCAAACAAACAGUCUAAAAAAGCGUCAGAUGUUACAGUUGAAAAGGACAUUGAGAAAAUAAAAGAAGAAAAUAUUAGCUUUGAAAGUGACAAUUCUGAAUCUCAUAAAAACGUGAUUACAAAUUUAAUACAAAGUAAUCGGUUUAAAAGAAGAAAAGCUCAUCUAUAUGAAGAGGAAAACAGUCAGCUAAAUGAUGUUAACAUAGAAACUCCAGCAAUAAAGAAUGAAAUAUCUGAUUCUGUUAGAAGGAGACAACCGAAAAGAAAGAAAACCGAAACUUCUGAGAUUGCACAUAAUUCUUUUGAAGAUAUUAAACAUGAAAGUGACGUUAAUUCCAAUAAUGAUGAAAAUAUGGGAGCACUACAAAGAAAACAGUCUAAAAGAAAGAAAGCUACUAAUCUAAACGAAAUAGAAUAUGAUACUUUAGAGAGCAUUAAAGAUGAAAUUGAUACCUCUGAUGAUAAAAAUGAGGCAGCAGUAAGAAGAAAACGACCCAGAAGGAAGAAUAAUGAUGUAUGUCAAGCAGAAACUGAAAUGCAUCUUGACGAUGUAGAGGUAGGACGAUCUUUAAGAACAAGACGACAAAAAAAGGCAGCUACCAUUGACAUUGAUAAAACUGAAGAAUACAAGAAAAGCGUAGAUAGCCUGAGUGCAAAGAAAACAAAAGUUGCUGUUAUAUUAGAAGAAGAACAGCAAGCCAGAAAGAGUAAUCGCACACCUAAAACUAGAAAAGUUUCACCUGGAAAUAGUGGCAAUGUUAAUAAUAGUCCUAUUACAGUGAGAGAAACGAGAAAGAAAACGAGACGAAUUUUAAGUAAAGAUGAAAUAGAAGCUGCAUCAGAAAUUAUGCCUGAAAUUGAAAGGAAAACUAGAAGAGCUAAAGCAACCGUAAAAGUGGAUGACGAAAUUACACCAAUCAGAAAAUCAACCCGCCAACGGAGAUAAAAGGCAUUAUUUUAGCAUGCAUUUUACUGUAGUUUAUGUCAGUAGUUAUACUUACAUUUAUUUUAUAUGUUUGAUUUUUUUUAAAAGUUAUAAAGUAGUUUAAAACAAAUACGUGUCUU